UUCUUUUUCUUCUUCUUUCCAUUUUUUUUUCUUUUUUUCUUUCUGAGUCGACCAUGAUUGAAUUAUCACCUUAUGGCGAGCAAGUUGUUGAUCGACUUAGUAUGAUUGGCAUGUGGUUAGCAGUAACCAUUUGUGUACGCAAUUUUUUUGUCUGUCUUCGGCAAUACCGACGUACAAACGGGUUAAUUCAUUUAAUGAACAUAGCUCAAGUCUGUGUACUUUUUAUUCAUCGUUUUAUUUAUGGCCUUGUCCCUCUUUUUGAAAUUACGACUUGUGCAUUUUGGCCAUUGCUUGUUUCAUUAUGGCAUUUGAGUAAGAACAACCUUACAAUAAUUCAAUGACUCAUGAUUAUAGAUUUCAUUUUAAUGUAUUCCAUCAUGUUUAAACGACUCUUGAUCUUGGAAGCAGAUAAACAUUCGCUUUGGAUUAAAGCCGUUGGUGUGUUUUUAAUUACACUUCGGUUUGCUGAUUGGCCUUAUGAAUUGGCUUUUCAUACAUUACAGCAACAAUUAAUGGAACAACAUGUUCAAUUUGGAGCAAAUUGCCUUGCUCAAUGGGGCACAGGUGUCAUUACUUUGAAUUUUGUCGCUGAUGCAUUGGCCAAUUUAUUCUUAAGUGGCAUGUUUGUCCGCAGACUCUAUGUACAUAUUCGAAACUCUCGAACACUCAUGAGUCAUCGUAGUCAAGUGAUUGAAUACAUUGCACGCAAGUCUUUAGUCUGCUUGAUCUUUACUUUUGUCGUCAAUUUAGUCAUGAAUCUGUUUAAAGUAACACAUUUCAUUGGUAGUCGAUCUGAUGCAUUUACUGUUUAUUUUGAAGUCAUUGAAUCUACCUUGUUAGUAGAAGCCUUACGACUUGAUUAUACUCGACUUCCUGAACAAUCGUUCUGUGAACAUUGUGGUAUGGUACUUCAUUCUUAUGGCAAAGAUAAUCGUUCACCUCCUGCUAAAGUACUCAAGUCGCAAGUGAAUGAUUUAGACCCUAUGCAUAUACCCUCGAGACCUUCUUACAACAACUCUUCUAUCUAUACGGACAUUCAAUUGAUGUCUACUGCUGAUCAACAUGAAUCUCGUACUUAUAGCCAACGUAAUGCAUGAUAUUCUUAUACCUCUUAGAGACAAGUUUUUUUGUAUACAGCAGGUUCUGAAAAAGGGCUUUUUUUUUUAUAUAUAUAAUUUCUUAAUACUUAUUUGCAUAUUGAAUUUCCAACUACUACUUUACAUUCUCACUAAAUAACCCUAUAAAAAAGAUAGCUUUUUAUAUAUACAUAUACAU